UUGGGGGGAACUGGAAGAACCGGGGAGGACUCUGGGCAGAGCCAAAGCACUCUCUCUCCGAUACCCCGCAGUCCCCCAUGCGCAUCAUCUUCCACAGCACUCAUGGGCUUCACUUCCACAAUCUCUCUCGCCUCUCAUCCUAAGAUUUUUCUUCGAGUUCAUGCUCUACGGCCCGGUUCUUUCUCCGACUACCAUGCCAAUGGUGCGCUGGUUCCGGUUACUGUGCCGCCGAGAAGAGGCUUUAGAUUGAGAACCUUGGUGCUCAAGGCUACGUUGAGGUCCGAGGGAGCCUCUAGGCGGCCUGCAAGUUCUCGGAGAGUUUACAGGGAGUCUCAAGCUGAGAGCUCCUCGUUGAUUGCCCCCGUCAAGCAGCUUGCCUCGUCUGUUUUACCUGUCGGCGCCUUCGUUGUUGUUACGUUCGUUUUAUGGAAAUUGGUGGAGAAACUCAUGGUUCCGAAGUCAGAGAGGUCUUCGUCCUUGGAAAGCAAGUCUCCCGCCCAAGGAGCUACAUGGUCCUUUGGCGCUGGUAUAAAUUUGUUUCCAAAUCUGACUGCCAAGAUUGACCGAGAUGCCAAAUUGAAGCUUAAUGAAUUUGCAAAAGAACUCCGGACAUUUAGAAGCGUCGACAUGACAGGACGCAACUUUGGAGAUGAAGGCCUAUUUUUUCUUGCUGAGAGUUUAGGAUACAAUCAGACGGUUGAGGAAGUUAAUUUUUCUGCAAAUGGAAUAACAGCUGAAGGGAUAAAAGCAUUUGAUGGUGUCCUUCAAUCAAAUAUCGUUUUAAAGACCCUUGAUCUUUCUGGGAACCCAAUUGGAGAUGAAGGUGUAAAGAGCCUGUGUGAUUUGCUGGUGAAUAAUGCUAGUAUUCAGAAGCUUCAGCUAAACAGUACUGACUUGGGAGAUGAGGGUGCAAAAGCUGUUGCAGAGAUGCUGAAGAAAAAUGCAAGCUUGUGCACACUCGAACUUAAUAAUAAUAUGAUUGAUUAUUCUGGAUUUACAAGUCUUGGCGGAGCACUUCUUGAAAACAGCGCUAUACGGAACAUACAUCUUAAUGGCAAUUAUGGUGGUGCUCUGGGAGCUAAUGCUUUGGCUAAAGGACUUGAAGGGAACAAAUCUUUGAGGGAACUUCACAUGAAUGGAAAUUCAAUUGGCGAUGAGGGGGUGCGUGCUUUAAUUUCAGGUUUAUCUUCACGUAAAGGAAAACUUUCACUUCUUGACAUUGGAAACAACUCAAUCACUGCCAAAGGUGUCUUUCAUGUUGCUGAAUACAUUAAGAGAACUAAGAGCUUGGUAUUAUUGAAUUUGUUCAUGAAUGAUAUUGGUGAUGAGGGUGCUGAAAAGAUUGCAGAUGCUCUAAAGCAAAAUCGGACAAUAAAAACUUUAGACGUGGGAGGGAAUAACAUACAUGCCGAGGGUAUUACUGAGAUUGCACAAGCAUUGAAGGACAACGAUGCCAUCACAACAUUGGAAGUUGCCUAUAAUCCCAUUGGACCAGAAGGAGUGAAGGCUUUAUCCGAGGUGCUGAAGUUCCAUGGAAAUGUUAAAAACCUCAAGCUUGGUUGGUGUAAGAUAGGACCAAAGGGUGCUGAAUUUGUUGCGGAAACUCUGAAAUAUAAUACUACCAUAUCUGUCUUGGAUUUACGGGGCAAUGGACUGCGGGACGAGGGUGCAAUUUGCCUUGCUCGCAGCUUGAAAGUGGUUAAUGAAGCUUUGACUUCACUGGAUUUAGGUUUCAAUGAAAUAAGGGAUCCGGGUGCUUUUGCCAUUGCUCAAGCACUCAAAGCGAACGAGGACAUAGCAGUUACAUCCUUGAAUCUUGCCAAUAACUUCCUAACCAAAUUUGGACAGAGUGCUUUAACAGAUGCCAGAGAUCAUGUCCAUGAGAUGUGUGAAAAGGAAGUUAGUAUCUCUUACUAGAACGCGAUCUACUUCCUUUCGAUGAAUGGAUUUUGAAGAUGCAUUUUGCUCAACCAAGUAUUGAUUUGAAUUCCACCCCAAAGUUCUACUUAAUUUCUUCAGUGAGGGACUAGCAAUGAAAUUUUGACUUAGAGAGGGAAUAGAAAAUUGUAUCAUAAUUUUUGAUCUAUUCUUUUAUUGGUUCGAAUUUUCGAGAAAAGGUACUAAUAAGAGAAUCUUUGUUGUCUUUGAGAUGACUUCUAAGA